GAGCAAGGCAAGAUUGGUGUAGUCUUCAACAUUGGCACAGUGGACAUCUCUAUUAAAGAGGAAAGCACACCUGUAAAUGAUGGCAAAUACCAUGUGGUACGCUUUACCAGGAAUGGUGGCAAUGCCACACUUCAGGUUGACAGCUGGCCAGUGAAUGAACACUACCCAACAGGCAACACUGAUAGUGAACGGUUCCAAAUGGUAAAACAGAAAAUCCCCUUCAAAUAUAACCGGCCUGUAGAGGAGUGGCUGCAGGAAAAAGGACGACAGUUAACGAUCUUCAACACCCAGGCGCAAAUAGCCAUAGGAGGGAAGGACAGAGGACGUCUCUUCCAAGGCCAGCUCUCCGGUCUCUAUUACAAUGGCUUGAAAGUGCUGAACAUGGCAGCAGAGAAUAACCCCAACAUUAAAAUCAAUGGAAGUGUCCGACUUGUUGGGGAAGUCCCUUCCAUCUUGGGAACAACACCCACAACCUCUGUGCCACCGGAAAUGUCUACUACAGUCAUGGAAACCACAACUACGAUGGCCACCACUACAACCCGAAAAAAUCGUUCACCACCCAGCAUCCAG